AUGUAUAACUUCAUGGGGCUGAACAGCACGGCCGUAGCUAUUCAGCCCAAUGUGUCCUGCACAUGCAACUGCAAAAGGUCUUUGUUCCAGAGCAUGGAGAUCAGCACUGAAUGUUUAGGUCGCACCUUUCCAGGUAAACUGGCGGAGUUGGAGUUUGUACAGAUAAUCAUAAUCGUGGUGGUGAUGAUGGUGAUGGUGGUGGUGAUCACGUGUCUGCUGAACCACUACAAACUCUCUGCGCGAUCCUUCAUCAGCCGGCACAGCCAGGGCCGGCGGCGGGACGAGAACCUCUCCUCAGAGGGAAGCCUGUGGCCUUCGGAAAGCACCGUGUCGGGGACCGGCAUCACCGAGGUGAGGGUGCUGUGGGUGCCACGGCCUGUCCUGUUGUCCCUCUGUCCCUGUUUCCCAUUGUCCCUCUGUCCAUCUUUUCCACUGCUCCUCUGUCCCUUUGUUCCACUGUCCUGCUGUCUCUCUGUUCCUCUGUCCCUGUCCUGCUGCCCUCUAUCCUGCAGCUCCUCACCCCUCUCUCUGUCCCUGUCCCUGUGUCCCUGAACCUCUGUUCCUGUC